AUGGAGAAGGUGAACAUCGAACCUUGUGUGAAGAUGGACACCCAAACCCUUGACCUUCUCAAGAUAAGAGAUGAUGUCACAUGGUACAUAAGGAAGCUAGGCUUGAGCAAGCUCUUCAAGCUAGAGUGCAGCGAUGCCAAUGGGCGCAUCUCCAUCUCAGCUCUAUGCCAACUCUUUGGACUUCCCAAUGAGACAGCACAUGACUUCAAGGAGAACUCAAAGAGGAAACAAGCUGCCUUUGCUGAUUGGACACACUUUGCCAAUGAACCAUUCUUGCCUUCAAGAUCAAAGGUGUCUAGAAUCACUCAUCCAGCCAUUCGCUAUGUGCACCGCCUCAUCUCCACCACUUUCCAAUGCAAACAAGAAGCCAACAAGCUAGCUCAAGACUUGGAAGGCAACAAGAAGCUUUGUGUUCGUUUUGGGAGGCUUAUCACGGCCAUAGUACAACAUGUGGGGAUUGACAUUCCCAACUAUGAGCCACUACCCAAGCCAACCCCUUUGGAUCUCCAUGCUCUUCAGCACAUCCACUUCCUAAACCGUUGGACUAAAGACCCAACUCGGUUUUGCUAUGAGUUUCCAAUUGGUCCAGCCAACACUUCCCUUGUCUUGCUGCCACAUGAAGACAUCCCAAGCCUACGCUCAGCAUGCAGUCAAGACUCAACGCCGCCACCAAGAACGCCAUGUUCUCACUACUGGCAUGGCCGCGAACCAAGCUCUAGACCGUGUAACAAGCUGGAGAAGAUAGUGGAGUGCCAAUCUCGCUUCAUCUCACGCCUAGUUCGUGUAGUUCGCCACAUUGCACCGGAGAGACUCUUUCGCCCUUCUUCCACCGCUAGAGAGCCAUAUGAGCCUGACCUUGGUGAGUUCUCACUAGACUCAGAGCUUGGUUCAGAAGGCGAUGACCCCAUAGAUGAGGAAGAGAGUUCUUCUCACUGCCACACAUAG